GACAGAGUAGGCGUACGUUCAACCGUCAACAUUAGAAUUAUAAUCAGCUUAAUGACAAAGCCGAAACUGAAUUGAGAAGUUUUAUAGUAAUAUUAAAUUGUUAUUUCUGAGUUCAUUAGCGGUCGAGCUGAAAAAAGCAAAAUGGUGACAAUAGCAAAAAUUAAAGGGUUUGACGCCUUUGUAAAUUAUACUCAGAGCAUAGAUCCUAAAGGUCCUUUGGUGCUAUUUUAUUUUAGCGGUUCCAAAACCGCCGAAGGGAAAAGUUGGUGCCCUGAUUGUGAGAUAGCUGAACCAAUUGUGCAAGCAUUUUUAAAUGAGGUAAAGAAGGAUUUCAUAUUUGCUUAUGUGGAUGUUGGUGAUAGAGAAUAUUGGAGAAACCCCGAGUGUCCAUUCAGAACCGACACCAGAACAAGGCUUAUGGUAAUUCCGACAAUAAUCAAAUGGAAAGGUGUGCAAAGGCUAGAAGGUAGUCAGUGCAAUAAGAGAGAACUGUUGCAAAUGUUAUUUGAGGAUGAGGAAGAUUAAAGAUUUUUGGGAAUGUAUACAGAAUUUCCAUGUUAUUUAAGGGGACUAUAUGAGCUAAUGGCUUGUUCUAUCAUGCCUUAAAUUGUAUGGUUCACUGCAGUAAAAAAAAUGAAAAAAAUAUGAUAAAGAUAUAUGCUAAUUUUGUAGUAUGUUGAUAAUAUCCUAUAAAUUUUUAUAUUGUAGAAAAAAUUGCUAAGAUGCUUAGACAUUUCUUUUAAUGUUAAAAAACCAUGCAUGUACAUACAUGGCGAAUCAUUUAGAAUUAUAAGUGACUAUUUUUUAGGUCAGUCAGUAGACUCCUAGUAAAUCACGUAAAUGUUCUUAAUUCUCAGCAUAAUAUGUAUGCAUAUAUAUACCAUAUAGAUACCAUCACACAUUGUAUAAAUGUGUGCAUGUGUCAGUCAACCGUUUGUAGUCCCCUUAAGGCAAAUAUAUUUCAUAACAAGACAAAAACAGUAAUUGCCUUGUGUAAUAUGAGCAGGUAUUUUAUAUUAUUAAAUGUGGUUUAAAAAAUAUAGCGGUUAUAGACGUUUCAAGAAAUUAAAUGAUUUGAAAAGUAUCUUCUGUCAAUUUUUGCUAAGGCAGAAAUAUUGUUUUCAUUUAUUCUAUUCAGGAAAAAUGUAUAUAAUAAGGUAAGGAUACUAAAUAAAUCCUUUUGCAUCAUUUCUAA